CGGCCAACUACAGUCUGUUCUAUACAGUCUACACAAAAAGCUCAUACAUAUAGGGCAGACCCAAGUUUCCCCAAGUGUUAUCUUAUCCUUGUUGUUCAUUCAAUGUUAAACGAAGAUAAGACGAUACACAGGGAUACUAACUUGGGUGAUAUUUCCGAACGCAGCACAGUACUUAGGGCCACGUUAUAGCGUGCGACAAACCAGCCAAUUGGCGUGAGAGUUGAAACUCAGACAAGGACUCACUUUGAUACUCUCUUUCUUAGGUCUUAUCAAAAAUAUUUCAUAACCUAACGCUGCAGAAUUGGACCAUCUCAAGAGGUUGUAUCGGCACGAUCCGAGUAUACUACCGAAGUUUAGGUAGUCUUCAACUGUUUUCACUGUGAUUCGUGACUAUAGAAUAGUGCUGACGGAUUCAUUCAUGAAUAGCAUAGGAGAGGCAUGCAACGAUCUGAAGCGACAAUACGACAUCUGUUUUCACACAUGGUUCUCUGAGAAAUUCUUGAAAGGUGAUACGAGUGACAGCACAUGCUCGCACUUAUUCAAAAUGUAUCAACAGUGUGUCAAGAAAGCCAUGAAGGAGCACCAUAUUGAAUUAAAAGAGAUGGAAACAAAUUAUUUGGAAACCGAGAAAGAGAAAAAGCCACAUAGUUGACGAAAAAAUAUUCACACAUUCAUUUUUCAAUCCUGCAUAGUUUUUUUACAAGUCGGCGAUGCAAACAGUGCAACUUUAUCAUUCCUAUUUUUUAUUGUGAAAUAAUAUUAUUAACAAAGAUCAAUUGAAUAUAUGUAUCUUAAACAGUUUAGUUUAUGUUAUUAACUAGUCACUGUGCUGCUGCCAAAUAUUCUACACACUUGUAACAUUAACAUCGAAAUGUUGUAUUCAGGGUACUUUUUCCUCAGUUGGCCCGAAAUAUACGUCAUUUUUGUGAAUUUUUUUUCGGGAAAACGAAUGAAUAUGGAACAUUAAAAGUUUUUGUACUUUAUUUAUCAUACUUUGAAGUAUAUUGAAAAAAAUUUUUCAGUUAAUUUAAUGCAUAUGCAGCGGCGGGAUAAGGGGAAACGGCAACCUGUGCGAAAAAAAGUGUCUUCGUGGCGGAAGUCCUGCAGGUCGUAAAAAUCAUCUGAAAAACAAAAAAAAACAUUUUUCAGUUCAGAACAAAUGUCAUUCUGGAUUAGACUAGAAUAAAUUAAAUCGAACAAAAAUUCACAAAAUGGCGGCUAUUAAAAAAAAAAGUUCAU